UUUUGCGCCAACCUCUGGACCGCCUCGGGACUCGAGGAAUACCAAGUACCUAGAGAUACAGGGACUGUUAUCGGCGCAAAGAGAAGCGAAAGAUAAAUAGGUGAACGGAUAGAGGGAAGCCGGUUAGGAUAGGACAGAACAGUACAAGUGUGAAACACUGAUACGAUAGAUAUGUAUAGACAAGGAGAGAGAGUGGAGUGAGAAUAACAGCGAGGAAAAACGUGAAAAAAUGAUUGUGUGAAUUCGAUAAGAGCUAUGAUUGGCGAACGAAGAAACGACAAAUGAAAAAAUAUGGACGAAUAACAAAAGAAUAAAGAAGCAGCGAGUAAUUGGAGAAAAAAAAAAAUAUGAAAAGUUAGUGAAAGUUUAAAAGAAAGGGAAGGUUAGUUGGGACGAUAAGAGGGACGUGUAUCCAACAGAGAAGCCGAAAGGAGUUUUUGGCAACUCGAUAUCGAGAUGCAAACAUCUAUCGAGAUGACGUCCUCUUUUAUCUGCUGACAUAAUUUUGAAGAAUGCAUCACAGGAUGUGGUUGCAGCAGAUCUUUAUCCUGCUGCAGAUGAUUCAUCUAAUUGCUUGGGCCAGUCUUGAAAACACAGGAAUAUCUGAUAGAUUGGAAAAUGUGACGCAAACAAUAUCACGAAUCCUUGAUGGUUACGAUAUUCGAUUAAGGCCAAAUUUCGGCGUUGUUUCAUUUCCAGGAGAACCCCUGUUAGUCGGGAUGGAUCUUACUAUCGCGAGCUUCGAUGCAAUCUCGGAAGUAAACAUGGAUUAUACAAUAACAAUGUAUUUAAAUCAAUAUUGGAAAGACGAAAGAUUGGCAUUUUCUCAAGAAGAAGAAGUUCUUACUCUUAGUGGAGAUUUUGCGGAAAAGAUUUGGGUUCCAGAUACUUUUUUUGCCAAUGACAAAAAUAGUUUCUUACACGAUGUGACCGAGCGUAAUAAACUCGUUCGGUUGUCCGGAGACGGAUCUGUCACUUAUGGCAUGAGAUUCACGACGACCCUGGCCUGCAUGAUGGAUCUGCACUACUAUCCGCUCGAUUCGCAGAACUGCACCGUAGAAAUCGAGAGCUACGGAUACACGGUGUUAGACGUGGUAAUGUAUUGGAAAGAGACUCCAGUCCGUGGUGUCGAGGAAGCGGAACUGCCACAAUUCACGAUAAUUGGUUACGAAACGAAUGAUCGUAAAGAGAAACUGGCAACUGGUAUAUACCAGAGAUUAUCAUUGAGCUUCAAACUUCAAAGGAACAUUGGAUAUUUCGUUUUCCAGACUUAUUUACCUAGUAUUUUGAUUGUAAUGUUAAGUUGGGUCAGUUUUUGGAUAAAUCAUGAAGCAACCAGCGCCAGAGUAGCACUCGGUAUAACAACAGUCCUUACAAUGACCACAAUUUCAACAGGUGUCCGUAGCUCACUGCCACGUAUUAGCUACGUGAAAGCUAUCGACAUUUACUUAGUAAUGUGUUUCGUUUUUGUAUUCGCCGCUCUUUUGGAAUAUGCAGCGGUUAAUUAUACUUAUUGGGGUGCCAGAGCUAAAAAGAAAUCGAAAAAGAAAGAAUCUGAUGAUAAAAAAGUGAUUUCCUCGAAGUCCGGAAGCAAAGCAAAUUCUCCUUUUCCUGGUUCAACGGAAGCGGAUAUAAUAGAGCUUCAAGAUCUCAGGAUGUCUCCAUUACCAAGUAUAAGAAACAGAUCAGGUCUGGUUAGUGGCAGUUCGACGCCUGGAACCGGAAGAGAACAUGAUCCGGCCAAGUUUCCCCCUAGCUUUCGAAUUUCCAGAGUCGCGGCCUACAAUACUUAUGGGAGAAACGCUGGUCUCAGAUACAGAGGACCUAAACAAAAUAAGCCUAAGGUACUACAUGCAAUACGAAGAGGAGCAUCUGUAUUGCGUGUAUCAAUGCCUAAAAUAAAAGAUGUGAAUAUUAUCGACAAAUAUUCAAGGAUUAUAUUUCCAGUCAGUUUUAUGCUGUUCAACGCCAUCUAUUGGAUAUUUUAUGUCCUCUGAAUUUCUAAUCAUUAGAGCAAUCUGCCGAAA